UGGGCCGUCUCAUGUUUACCAUCAACGUCCAAAAGCGGAAAGACAGGUUUUUCUAGCUUGUGUGUGUACAUAAACUAAAAUGUGAUAUUUUAUAUUGUCGUGUCAGUUUGAAAGCCAUCCAGAUAUGGCUGAAUUGUAUGAACGGGGACGUCGAAAGUCGGAGUGGGACUAAUGCCUUAGCCUCCCCCAGCUUGCCUUACAGCGCUAGAAGAGCCCUGAGUAAGAUGCUGCUGAAGAUGCCCCAGAAGCUGCUGAAGACUGCCCACUACAUAGAGUUGGGCAGUUAUCAGCACUGGCCGGUGCUGAUACCCCAGAGGAUACGACUGUACACCUACGAACAAAUCCCCCUGUUCCUCAAAGAAAACCCCUACAUCACAGAUGGUUACAGGGCUCACCUGCCCUCCAAACUCUGCCUGAAGAGUAUAUUUAUUCUGUCCAAUGAGACGGUGAAUAUCUGGAGCCACCUUUUGGGUUUUCUGCUGUUCUUCUCUCUGGGCAUCAACGACCUCUUGUCUGUCCUGCCGGCCUCAGGAGCGAACAGAGAGGACUACGUCAUCUACGCUAUAGGACUCUUCUGCUUUCAGGUUUGCAUGUUAUGUUCAGUGGGGUAUCACCUGUUCUCGUGCCACCGAUCAGAGAAGACUUGCCGCCGCUGGCUGGCGUUGGACUACGCGGGCAUUUCUGUUGGCAUCCUGGGCUGCUAUGUACCUGGGAUCUUCUACGCUUUCUACUGUAAUGCUUUUUGGCGGCAGGUCUACCUGCUGACAGUGCUGUCCCUGAUCCUGGCCGUCUUCAGCGCUCAGGUCCACCCUCGUUACCUCAGCAAUGACUGGCGGUGGAUACGGAUGGCAAUCUUCUGCUGUGUGGCAGGAGUUGGCACGGUUCCUGCCUGCCACUGGGUCUGGCUCAAUGGCGGUUUCACCUCCGAUGUUGUACAGCUGUUUCUUCCUCGAGUUAUAAUAAUGUACCUGAUUGCUGGGUCUGCCUUUCUGUUCUACAUCACCAAAAUCCCUGAGCGAUAUUUCCCUGGCCAGCUGAACUACCUGGGUGCCAGCCACCAGGUGUGGCACAUACUUGUGGUGGUUAUGUUUUACUGGUGGCAUCAGACCGCUGUGUACAUCAUGCACUACAGACACAGCCAGUCCUGUCUGACGCAGACCAGCAGGAGCUAAGAGAAACUGAUCAAGUAACUGUAAUGUAAACUAAAAACACAACAUUAAUAACAACAACCAUAUUUUUGUGACCACUACCUUGUCAAUCACUAAUGACAAGUUACUUCUGAGUACUCGCUGUAGAAAUAAGGGGCUGUAAUGGGUGGUUUGUGGCUUUCACUGCGUCUUUCCAGGAUAUUGGAUAGUAGUCAGAAAACCUACCUGGGUGUACAGCCUGGGCUGCACUGUUCAACUCACCUGUGCAUGCCACUUGCAGAAUAUCUCCCCAAUUUGAAGUCCAUGUUGUGGGUUAGAGCAGCUGCACAGCCUGUGUAAGACAUGUCUGACACCUUUCACUGUAGUUUAACUUUCCAAAUGAAAAUAUAUGAACACAUCAUGCCAGUCAUUGCAUGCAUUAAAGGAGAAUAUGUGGAGUCUGUUGUUGGCCACAGCAGAUCAGCCCCUAAAGGAAAGAAAAAGUGUGCUCCAUUAGAUCACUGCAUGAAACUGUGGAUUAUUUUGGUAUUUGUAGACUAAACUUGGGUGAUAAAUGGGCUUUCUCAUGAUUGUUUACGAUUGUAGUUUUUGUACAGAAGUAUUGGUAAAAAUAUCAAUAGGCAUUCUUUUGAGUCUUACUUGUUGGUUUAUGUGAACAGGGAAUUUUUUUUUUUUUCCUGCUGUGUUUUCUUGUCAAUUCCUUCCAAGUUCAGUACAGUACAACUGUAUGAAAUGUCUUGAUAAAAAGUGAGAAUGACAGAAAAUCUGUGGAAACUGGAAAUUACCAUUUGGGUAUUGUGAAUUACCUCUCUGUAGUAUUUGCAGUAUUUUAUUUUAUUUUAUUUUUUUGUCUUUGGAACGCAAAAGUUGGUGAAAAAAUGACUUAAAUUACCCUUCAAAGUUGCCAAAGCCAGUAUGUAAAAUCAUCUCUGUAAAGGCUAAUCACAGUGCUGAACAAUCAACUCCUUUGCUCAUUAAGAUGAUGGGUAUAUAUAUUUUUUGUAGUCCUUUAACAAAAGGUACUCAUGACAGCAAGUUCACUUUUUGCUGUGACCAGUAGCACUUAAACGGGCAUUCACUGAUGAUCCGGAGGAUCUAUCAGCUGUAACAGAUAGCUGUUAUCAGCUGUCAGUCCUUUUAGCAUAAAGCCUGCCAUAAAAAUGUGAGGGUAGAAAAAGGGUAUUAUUCUCUUCUUUGGUUUUUGUGGUUUUUUUGUGCUUUGAGAGGGCAAUUUAAUGUGUUUCAGCUACCUAUUUUUUUUGGUGCUUUGUAUUAUUUUUUUGUAUUAUUUGAUCAGGUUUGCCUUAUCUGUGUGUACUGUAAUGGCACUUACUACUUCAAUCUGUGGGUCCAGAAUUGAGCCUAAAUAGAACAAAACAAUCAAACUGUUAGACUCCAAGGCCGGUACAUCUCUCUUUUUCUUUUUUUUUUUUUGGAGCACUUAUUGUUGCAGUCAUGAUGACAGCACUGGAAAAUGCACUGCUUUUUAAAGUGUCUUUAUUUUGUCAUUUAAUGCCUAAUCUGCUAGGAGUGAUAUUUGUUUUUCCUGUUUUGUGUGUGUGUUUUCUUUGAUUAUCAUUUGUAUGCUACAGCAGUGGCGCUGACUAAUGAAAUGUGAAAUAUUUAUUUCAGUGCGUGUGUGAAAAUAUAUUUUUAAACUAUUUGAAUGAAUAAAGAUU